UCUUGCUUCCCCUGGGCUGCUCCCAGUCCGGGACGUUCUGCGAGAACGGGGCAGAAUGGGAACCUUCCUUUCGCGCUCCGUGUUUUCCGGAGAGUACCCGGAGCGGUGAGCGGAGGGCACCGGGCGGACUGGAACCGUUGGGGGACCGGAAAGUGGAGGGAAGGUCAGGACAAGAUCGGCGGGGGGAUGAGUGGCCCUCUGCUCCGUGUGUUGCGGCAGAGUGUGGGGUUCGGCAUCAACAUCCUCAGGCUGGGCAGUCCUGCCUUGGGCAGUGGGUUACUGCAUGCUUCACCUGGACAGUCGCUGCCAUUUCGGGCUGGUCACUCCACACCAAGGUUUUACAAUGUGAGAGAGACAGCUCAGCCUGUUGAAGAAGAAGUGGGACCCUUCACCAAACUGGUCGAAGCAUUAGGAUUCACGGGACCUCUGAAGUACAGCAAAUGGAAAAUUAAGAUUGCUGGCCUGCGCAUGUACACGUGCUGUGUGGAGAAAAUAGACUACGAAGAGCUUUUUGAAAGAUGCAAUCUGUCAGACACUUUGAACUCCUGGUUCCUUGUCGCACAGCUUCACGUCUGGAUGUCCCUGGUGCGUAUGAAGCAGGAAGGCCGAGAGGGCAAGUAUAUGUGCAAGUACAUUGUACACUCCAUGUGGGAGGACCUGGAGCAACGGGGUAAAGUAAUGGGGAUCGAAUCGGUUGUGUUGAAGGAGCAGAUACAAGUUAUGACACAGAAUUUUUAUGCAGCUAUUUUUGGGUAUGAUGAGGGAAUUUUAUCAGAUGAUCGUGUGUUAGCUGCAUCUCUUUGGAGGCACUUCUUCAAUAAACAGUGCGAGGAUCCAAGACAGUUGGAGCUGAUGGUUGAAUAUGUCCGCAAACAGAUGCAGUACCUGGACUCGAUGAAUGGGGAGGACCUGCUGCUGACGGGGGAGGUGGAGUGGCGACCUCUGCUGGAGGACAACCCCCAGAGCAUCCUGAAGCCGGUCCCACCCGCCUACAACGACGAGGGGCUCUGACCUGAGGCGAUCCAUGCCCCCAAAGUUCCCAGAUGCACCCCCCAUCAGGUGCAGAAGCGUUCAGUGACAAUCAUACCUGUGACUAAGACAACUCGAGUUCUUAAUCCAGUUUGUAUUUAUUCCUGGGUUUUCCCUUUGUCCCCUACCCGAUCCACCUAUUCGUAAUAUGAUCCUGGGUUAUGUUUCCCCUGUCUGAAAUGCUCACCCUGUCCUCCUCCACACACCCCAGGAAGCUGGGUUAACUUCCCUGCCUUCCUGUGGGUGAGGUGGGUAAGCAUUUCCACCCUGUGCUAUUGCCCAGAUCUUCCACAAAGGCUUCAAACACGAUAUGCGGUACUUUAAACUCCAAGCCAAACUGGGCUACAACUGAAAUCUGGGCAGCCCAGUGGACACGGUUCAAAGGGGUAAGGACACGGCUUGCGAUUCAGCGAACCGUGGGAACUCACUGGGCUGAAAUCUUUAAUCUUUUCUGUAGAUAAUCUACCCGUGUGGCCUCUAUGUUUUUGUUAAGCCAAUAGGCCUAAGGUUCAAACACACUUUAGAAAUGUGUGCAGUGCAGACAGGGUAGACAGAAUAUGAGGCACACAUUGCGGGUGCAAGGCUGCUGAUGCUGAACAAAGCUCCAAGACUGUCCUGUUGUAGCUGCAAACCCUCACUGAAAUCUUAAAUCGCAAGAACAAACAGACGAGUGGGAUGUUGUGUGUGAGAUGUACACAGUGUUUCAAUGAGAAAGCAAAGUUUCAUCUGCACACAAACAAACCAGUUACGUCAAAGCUAGUUCAUUGGCUGUAGAGCGUCGUAGCAAGGGGGCUGCAUAAAUGCAAGACUUUUUUCUUAGAAAGCAAAAUCGGUGGCCAGUAUAAUUAGGCAUGGGUGCUGAAGGCUGUAAGUGUCCCGUGUGUCCUCCCAUCCCCAACCCAGCUUCUCCGGGGAGAGUUCAUGUAUACUUUUGGAAUAUACUUGGGAUGGGCUUCCUGGUUCGGACUCUAGUUGAUUAGUUUUGGUUCCAAGUGUUGGGAACCCUGGCUUUGACCUCACUGGGAUCUCCUCACACUCGCUCCACCAUUCCUCCUCCAUUUCACUUGCAUAACAUCCUCUGCUCUCUUGCUGAGAGAUCGAGUUCUCCACUAUGGAUUCCUGCUGAAGAAAGAUCGAGGCUGCAUAAACUGAUGGUACAGGAAAACAUUGGCCCGGCAGCAAACAGUGUCUCUUUUGUAUCUGAGUGGAGAUCAGGAGGCUGCAGAUUCUCUUCCUGAUCUGUGCUGGGCUUUGUUUCUUAACCUGGACAUCAGGCCUAUGUAUAUAGCGUAUAUCAAAUUCCUUAAGUUUGUAUUAAAACAGUUCAAUCAACUUAUUUGCCAGUGCAGUGGGGAUUUCACUAUUGUAUCAGAUAAUAUUUCUCUAUUAAAGUAUAAAUGUUCAGUUGACGUGAUUGCAGAUUA